AUGGAUAUUCCAUCGACUUCAGCCUCGGCAACUCAUGCUGAACUGCCACCAUCAUCAGUUCAGAACGAGGACAUGAAGAAGAUGGUGCAGGGACUAAAGGACCUGAUGUCGUCACGACGACCACCUGUCAGUCGCGAUAUUCUCAAAAUCAAGAUGGAAUAUCUUGGCGAGAAGCGGUGUAUUGAAAUGGAUCGUCCGGUAUCAAUGAGAGCGUUGCAAGAACAUUUAGAGAGGCGAUAUGGGAAAGCGAUCAACAUGUACUAUCAGCAAGGAAAAGGAGAAGUGGUGGUAUCUAUAAAGAAUCAAGACGAGUUGGACAGAGCUAUUAAGAUCCCUUAUUCUGUAAACUGCUCAUCGUGUGGUGCGAGCCGAGUGUCAUUUGCCAAAAGUGCUGGUGACUCUUCUUGCUCUAGUGGCGUACAAUGGGAUAUCGAUGAGAAAAAGCUAAGCGCUCAGGCGCCUCGAGCUCCCACUCAUUGGAAGGAGGCGAAAUGUAUAGGUAGCGGAGCAUUUGGCAGUGUAUAUCUUGCCUACGAUGUGGACACGGGUAGGGAUCUGGCCGUGAAGAAAAUUCCAAUCAUUCCCGACAACAGGGAGUUGAGUCGCGAGGCGCAAGGACUAGAGUUCGACGUACAAGAACUUGGUCGACUGCAACAUCCGAGGAUAGUUCAGUAUCUAGGAGUCCAGAAAACCAGCGAUAGGAUUCUGAUAUUCAUGGAAUAUAUGACGGGAGGUUCACUCAAAGAACACAUAGCUUUAGUAGGGAGCUUGUCGGACGGUGUAGCGAGAAGACAUACUGCGCAGGUGUUGGAAGGUCUAGCGUUUCUCCACAAGAAUCACAUAAUUCACCGUGACAUAAAGUCUGCGAAUAUUCUUCGAGAUUCAAUGGGCAAUGUAAAGAUAGCCGACUUCGGAUCAGGGAAGAAAAUGCAAAGCUUGGCAAGUCAGCAAGGGGCUUUCCACAGUACUAUUCACUACACUGCUCCGGAGAGAUGCUCACUGGGCAAGUUCCCCUGGAAAGAGUUCGAACCUAUGGCAGCUAUGUUUCAGAUUGCUUAUGAAGAGCCACGAAUUGAGUUACCGCAAACAGUUCUACCAGUGAUGGCUGAUCUAUGUAAAGUACUAAUGAACAAAAACUUCGAAGAAAGACCGAUGGCUGCCGAAGUUUUGCUCAAUCAUCCUGCUUUCAAAUCGCAACCAUGA